AACGGCUUGUAUACGCCUCGACUUGACACACUUUCGAAUGCAUCAAUUUUUCAUACCGUCCUUAGUGUGGCAAGUGUGCAGGAGUGGGGCUCAAUCUCGGGGCACUAAGGUCAGGGAGUGUGAUAUAACGUGAGUGUGGGCGGGUCAGGUCAGGCGGUCAUGCUGGGUCACGGGAUGUUCAACUGGUGGGGGUUCUCGCCGCCCGUGGACCUCCUCAGCUGCUUAAAAGAAGGCAGUACGUCUGGUGGUGAUGGUGGUGAUGGUGGUGAGGCCGGGGAGGUGGUGCAGGUGGCCGUGGUGGGAGCUGGUGACCCCCGCCACCUGCUGUUGUCACUGGCCAGGAAGAACACUGGCAGGCGGCUGAGGGUGUUCAUACUGGAGGCCCACGUGGAGGUGUACGCCCGGCUGCUGCUGCUAUUGGGGUCGAGUCUCCAGAUGGGACUGGGCUUGAGGGAGAGAGCUACGCUGCUCCUCGACCUGUGGGCCAACCUCUACCUCAGACCCCCCUCAAGGGCUUAUCUUGAACUCAUGGGGCGGCGUAUGUCAAUGGCCAUGACGGACGAGGCCCUGUACCCGUCCCUCCUCGGCCUGGUCUCCGCUAGUCGCCUCAAGUAUCGCGAGAGGGACGCAAUGGACUCGAUCUUUCGCACUUGGUACACGCUCAUGGCGGACCAAUACAACCCCUCGCUCUCCUGGGAGGUGAGGCUGCGGCAGCUGCUGGGGACGCGCUACGACCACCGGAGGGCCGAGGCGGACUGGGCGUGGCACAUGCGACUUGCCUUCCGCAUCCAGAAGCUGCAGACUUCCGAAGGGACGGAUAAAGAAGGAGACGAAAACACCUUCCUGAGCGCCUGCUGGGGCCAGGAGUUUCUGUCGUGGCGGGAGGACGGCCGUGCCUUGGCCCUGGGUGCUGAGGCCUCGCCGACGCUGGCCAACACAUCACUGGCCUCAGUGGCGGUGGUGGUGGAGGGGUCCAAGCGGCACCGGAGGGUCGGGUACUGGGGGGACGUGCUCACGGGCCCCUUCCCCGCCCUGGCCCUCGCCUCUGCCGACCCGCGGGCUGCCAAGACACAAAACGGCUACAGCGUUCAUAGGGGAAGCGAAGUAGCUCUCUGGAACAUGGAGAGCGUUUUGGAUGAGCUGUGGAACAAAUACCUAGAGGAGGAAGAAGAGGGGGAUACAGUACGUGAAAAUGGAGCCACGGGACAUGCACAAGGGACGAUGGAUGACAGGCCCGGACCGGAGGAAAACGUUAGCGCGGAAGAACUUUGCGGCGAUGUUGAGAAGCUACACAUCCAGAAAAGUACCGAAGAGCUAACUGAUGGUGAAGAAGAAUGCAACAUUUCACCUAAAGAAAAGGACGUGGAGCAGGGUAGUACCAGUGCUGAUGACUUGGAGACAAAACUACUCGAUGGGUGUGAGGAAACAGAACAUAGAAUAAACGAAGAGACCAAAAGGAAUGGAACUUCAGGACUAGAAUACGGCAGAAAGUUUACAUGCAGCGGAAGGCCAACACACCCUCAGUUCACCCACUCAUCCACGGCCUCAAUGGACAACUACACCACUGAAAAUGAGGUCAAGGAAGCACUAGGUCAGAUUGCCGGCAGUGACAGCCCAUCACACACUCGGCUCACUCACCUACCCUCCGCCUCCGUGGAUAACAGGACCACCGAACAACCCGAUAAGGAAAUCAACGAUAACACCCCCGCCAAAGAAGCACCAACCCAUCACGUGAGGAAGAAGAGCAGCGUGGAGGGAUGCCGGGCGUACGUGGACUACCUAAGGCUGGAGGGCGUGGAGGUGAUUCUCUUGUCUCCGUCUCGCCUCAACGACACGUCUUUACUCUUCGAAGUUGACGGGGAGCUGGACCUGAUUUACCUGUCGGCAGCCAUGGCGCACCUGUUGUCCCCAUCCUUCUUCGAGAAGCACCGCGGCGCCCACACCCAGCUCAUCCUCGAGACCGUUCAGAUGUUCCCACAGCUGACAGACGACCAGGUGAAGCAGUACCAGACCCGCAUGACCACCGCGGCGGCCGAGGCGGGGUGGCAGCGGCAGGAGGCCCCGCCGCGCCCUCUGUGCCACCUGCGUUACUCGAGGUGAAGGAAAGGUGUUGGCCAUCGCCGAGGAGUGCUUACCUAUAACCACCACGCCAUCAUCACCUCUAACCAUGACACUUCCUGCUUCUAUAGAUGACUAGUUCACGCAUGGCAGUAGCUCUGGAUGAAUUCUACUUAUGUGGCUGUAACUGCAGACAAACAAACACAAACAAGCAAACAACAGCCAUUGAUAGAAGGAGGAAAACACGAACAAGAGCAAAACCAUGAAGCAAAACAACAAAAAGAAUUCGAGAGACAGGCUG